AUUUCCUUUUCAGACAAUGGGCGCGCUGAUUUCGCGAGCGCAUGACAACGCGUUGUUGACAGCUAUUGACGCGGACGCGACGUACGUCAAUGUCACAUGGCCUCUAGCUCACUCUCAAGCGGGCAUCCAAUUGUUGCAUUCGUUCUUCUCGACGCCCUACUCUUUUAACUAUGGGUUCGACGCUCAGCCAUACAUCGCUCCAAUGGGCCAUCAUAGCUGGCAUCGCAGGAGCUGCAACGUAUCGCUACCUCACACACUCCAACCCUGGCGCGCCUAGUACUAGUACUACCUCUGAACGCCCAACCGCUAGUAAAAAAGGCACGAAAAGCAAGAAGAAGAAACAAACACCGAAACAUGCCGGCGUCUCAAACCCGUCUGAGAAGUCCGUCAGCAACACUGUGACCUCCACCGCCACCACCGCCACUAGUAACCCCACCGCCACCGCAACGCCUGCGCAUGGCAAUCCUGUGCCUGAACCUACUGUCGUUCCAUUUCCGCAUGUUAUUCCCGGCGAAUUUGAUGCCGUACUCUCGAGCUCGGACGACCAAACUGUACAGGUGAAAAGGAACAAGAAGACGAAAGCGAAGACGAAGACGAAGAAGGAGAAGCAGAAGCAGAAAGUAGUGGGGACAGCUGAAAUUGCACAUGAACGACUGUCAUCUUCCUUGGCAGCGCAGUCAGACGGUGAUGUUCCCAAAGCAUCCAUUGACAUGCCUAGCAAAGUCUCUUCUCCCAAACAGGACCAGGAACUGCGCACGUCUCAAAUACGGUCUUCUUCUCCGUCAUUUGAUACUGAUUCUUCAUGGAUGCGGAUAGACACCCGUCAGACAGCACGAGGCGCUAAGACCGCUAGAUCAGACAAUCAAAUACUUGCGAUAACAACGGAUAUGACCAGCAGUGACGUGGGUCCAUCAACCGGCCAUUCUGGAAUUGCCGAAUGUACGGAUGAGGAUGAAUCUGCUAGUCUAGACGCAGGUACUCCUGGAGAUAAGCCCCGGACGCUAGCUGAAAGGCUUUUGCCUAAACCUAGGAAAACAGCCGUCGAUGACAUGCUUGAGCGCCCGAGUUAUCCUAAUUUAGCGCGUGUGAUGCGUGUCCAGCCCCGGGCCGAUGAAAUGCCGGCGCCUGGAUUUUCUUGGAAGGAUUACGAGGAUGUGGAUAUAGAUGAGGAUGUGCAUGCCAGCAGUGGCACGGUAAAUAACGCAGACGCGGAGGACGAUAACCAAUGGGGCACGGUCAAGGGCAAGGGUCGCUCAAAAGUGUCACGACCCUCGACCACGCCUUUGCAAGUUGUACAGCAAGCUCCAGGGGCGUUAACCAAGAAACAACGACAGAAUGCGAAAAGAAAUCAGAUGCUGAAAGAGGCGAAAGCCGACGCAGAGGUAGAGCGACAGGCGAAACUCGCCGAACGUAAGCGUGCUUUAGAGCGUCAGCAGAUCAUCAAUCAAUCACGCCACGGAGGGGGCAAGCAAACUAGCGGUGGCAUGCAAGCUACCGUGGAUAGCCGGGGAAAGUUAGUUUGGGAUUAAGAUAAUCGCGCCCUGCACCAGUUUCGAAAAUACUAUAUGCAAUCACCGUGAUCUGCGCUAGAAAGAUUUACUGACAUGUUUAUGAUAGGCUUAGUAGACUCGUGGUAUUACUAGAAUACAAGAUCUCGUAAUUGUGUCGUGAAAGAUGCUCAGAAAAAACGAGGCUGGUGGGGUAUGCGAUCGCCAAAUUAAAGCGAAAAAGU